AUGAACAAGUACGAAGUACUCGGCGUGAUCGGAGAGGGGGCUUAUGGCGUUGUUCUCAAAUGCCACAACAAAGAGACGAAUGAGACGGUGGCGAUCAAAAAGUUCAAAGAAAACGAGGACGAUGACCCUAUGGUGCGCAAGACGACGUUGCGUGAAGUCAAGUUGUUGCGCUUCUUGAAGCACGGAAACAUUGUUGCGCUCAAGGAGGCUUUCCGUCGAAAAGGUCGACUGUAUCUUGUGUUCGAAUACGUGGAAAAGAAUCUGCUAGAAGUAUUAGAAGAUAAACCCAACGGUGUUGACAACGAGCUCGUCCGCUCGUACAUUUUUCAGUUGUGUUGCGCAAUUCACUAUUGCCACACUAAUAAUGUUAUACACCGCGACAUCAAGCCAGAGAACCUACUUGUGAACACAUCCAACGGCGAACACUCACUUCGUCUAUGCGAUUUUGGCUUUGCACGAUCUCUACCUAGCAAUGGGAACCCAUGUGACUUGACUGAAUACGUCGCCACGCGAUGGUAUCGUGCUCCAGAGUUAUUACUUGGGGAUACCACGUACUCUAAAUCUGUGGAUGUCUGGGCAAUCGGGUGCAUUAUGGGUGAGCUUAUUGAGGGGCAGCCGAUGUUCCCGGGGGAAAGCGAAAUUGAUCAACUGUACUUGAUCCAGAAAAUGCUGGGUCCGCUACAGAAACGACACACGGAGCUAUUUGCAAUGAAUCCUCGCUUCUCCGGACUCAAGAUUCCCGAAGUAAAAGCCCCAGAGACUCUGACUCGACGGUAUUGUGGUCGUGUUUCGAAGAAGGGGAUUAGUUUCCUGGAAGGUGUCAUCCGGUUGUGUCCUGAAGAUCGAUUUUCAAGUGAAGAGUGUCUAAAGCAUCCGUACUUUGAAGGAUUUUCUUGCUCCACUUCUAAGCAACAACCAGGAGGGUCCAUAACAGCGGAUGAUGACGUUGCAACUGGAGCUCUACGCUGGCCGUCCGAGUCCUAUGAAUCUAAGUGCUGGAUGUCAAGUCGUGGAGUGUAUAAGGCAGAGGAGAAGAGCUCGACACUUACAAAAGACAAACGUCGAUCGGGAAGCAGGCGGAGUCGCAAGGAAGACAGAGGGGGAAGUGGCCACUCAACCAGUAGCAGCAGCUUGAAAAAGCUGACGGACUCGGUGGAAGAUAUUUCAAGUCUAGUGACUGCAUCGUGGCAACCAAGUGAAUGUGCAGCACCAAAAGAUGACGAUGGAGGGGCUUCAAGGUCGUUGAGUGGGCGUCGAAAAAGCCGCAAAAAAGGAAGCAAUCAUCUCCCAAAGCCUGCAACUAGUGGAGGCGGCAAAAAGAAAAUAUGGAAUAGUAGCGACUUUGUAUCAUCGACAAAUAUGGGACCUACAGGAGUCGGCAUUGCUGCGGUUCGACCGGUGUCACGACAAGUUCUGAUGUCGCAGCAAAAUUUGCCACGCUAUUUGCCUCAGCUGAGUGGUGUCCACGACAACCUUGGUGAUUUGUCAAGUUCGGCACUGAUGUCUUCCGUUUCGUGUGGCUACGGUACGGCAAAGAGUAUAGCUGGAGAUGAUGAAGAAGACAGCGCAUUGGCCAACGUCUACAACUAUCCGGUGUAUUCGCGCUCGACGUAUUCGAAGAAGUCGUCCAAGAAGCUUCGUGAACGCACAUUAGACGCCCAGGAGCUGCUGGAAUUUAACUGA